GUGCAAACCGUACGUCGAGUAGUGUAUGCUAAUGCUGCUGCGCUACGUAGAAAGCAAAACAGUCGAUUUAUGAAUAUAAUCUGAAGGAACCGUAAACAGUAAACGCGUUUCCGUGGCAACGGCGCAUUCGGGGAAGGAUGCGACUGAAAACAUCAGUGCUAAAGGAGCCCAAACACAGAGAUCUUGUGAGUUGUGUAGGCUGGACCACAGCGGAUGAACUUUACUCGUGUAGCGAUGAUCAUCAGAUACUGCGCUGGAAUCUGCUCACCGGUGACACCAGUGUUGUGGUCAAGCUUCAGGAUGACAUUUAUCCCAUCGACCUGCACUGGUUUCCCAAGAGCGUCAGCGGCAAGAAACAAGCCGUGUCUGAGAUCUUUGCUCUCACCAGCACUGAUGGUAAACUUCAUCUGGUGUCGAAGUCUGGUCGUAUUGAGAAGAGCGUAGAGUGUCAUAAAGGAGCCGUGCUGGCAGGACGCUGGAAUCACGAUGGCACCGCUCUCAUCACAGCUGGUGAAGAUGGACAGCUGAAGAUCUGGUCCAAGAGCGGGAUGCUGAGAUCUACUCUCGCCCAACAAGGGUCUGCGGUGUACUCGGUGGCGUGGUCUCCAGACUCCAGCAGGGUUCUGUACACGUCAGGUCGACAACUGAUCAUCAAACCACUGCAGCCCAGCUCCAAACUCCUGCAGUGGAAAGCUCAUGAUGGUGUGAUUCUGAAAGUGGACUGGAGUGUUGUCAAUGAUCUCAUUCUCUCAGGAGCUGAAGACUGUAAAUAUAAGGUGUGGGACAGUUAUGGACGUGUGCUGUUCUCCAGUUCUCCUCAUGAAUAUCCCAUCACAUCUGUGUGCUGGGCUCCUGACGGUGAACUCUUCGCUGUGGGCUCUUUUCAUACUCUCAGACUGUGUGAUAGGACUGGGUGGUCAUACUCCGUGGAGAAGCCGAGCACAGGAAGUUUGUUGAGUUUGUCGUGGUCUGCAGACGGCACUCAGCUGGCGGCGGCGUGUGGAAAUGGACACGUGUUAUUUGCUCACGUCAUCGAGCAGCGAUGGGAGUGGAAGAACUUUGAGAUCACGCUCACAAAAAGACACUCCAUGCAGGUGAGGAAUGUGUUUAAUGAUGCAGUAGAUGUUCUGGAGUUUAGAGAUCGUGUCAUUAAAGCGUCAUUAGCUCACGGACAUCUGGUGGUCAGCACAUCUCUGCAGUGCUACGUCUACAGUGUAAAGAACUGGAACACUCCGCUGAUCUUUGAACUGAAGGAUGGUAUGGUCAGUCUCAUCCGGCAGACAGAGAGAUAUUUUCUGCUGGUGGACGGAGCAGAGCUGUACGUGUACUCGUAUGAGGGAAGUUUGGUGUCGUCUCCCAAGAGUCCCGGCGUGAGAAUGGACACGUUGAACUCUCAGUGCGUCUCUCUGAGCAAUGACACCAUGGCCAUACGAGACACCACGGAUGAGCGAGUCAUAUUUCUGUUUGAAGUGUUAACUGGAAAACCCAUCGGUGACGGCAAACCCUUUAUUCACAAGAUGGAGGUGAUGUUCAUGGCUCUGGAUCAGUGUGGAUCAUCUCACGACAGACGCAUGGCAUUGCUGGAUAAGAACCGUGAUCUCUAUCUGACCUCAGUGAGAACUCUGGGCCGGGCUCGCAGCAUAUGUAAGAUGGGUUCCAUGGUGGAAAGCAUGUGCUGGAACGACUCAGCAAACCUCUUGUGUGCCGUUCAGGACAAUCAGUUGACAGUGUGGUGUUACCCUGCUGUUGUGUUUGUGGACAAAGAGCUGCUGCCUAAAACCAUCUGCACUAAAGACAACAGUGAGUUCAGUCGUCCUCCUCAGGUCUUGAGUUAUGUGGGCACUCAGGUGAAGGUGAGACGGGUGGAUGGAUCUCUGGUGUGCAGGGGAAUGUCACCGUACCCCACGCUACUGCACGAGUACGCUAGCAGUGCCCGCUGGGACGACGCCCUGCGCCUCUGCCGCUUCGCUAAGGAUCAGACACUCUGGUCGUGUUUGGCAGGGAUGGCGAUGGCCAGCAGAGAGCUCAGUACAGCAGAAGUGGCUUACGCAGCCAUUGGAGAGGUUGAUAAGGUGCAGUAUAUUAACUUCAUGAAGGAUCUGCCGUCUAAAGACUCGUGUCUGGCUCAUGCGCUGCUCUUCAGUGGUCAUGUGCAGGAGGCAGAGACAACGCUCCUGCAGGCCAAUCUCAUUUACCACGCUAUUCAGAUACACAUCAACCUAUACAACUGGGACAGAGCUCUGGAGCUGGCCGUCAAACACAAGACUCAUGUGGACACGGUGCUCGCUCACCGGCAGAAGUUCCUGCGAGACUUUGGCAAACAGGAAAGCAACAAGCGAUUCCUGCAGUACUCUGAGGGAGUUGAGGUGGACUGGCAGAAGAUUCAGGCCAAGAUUGAAAUGGAGUUUGCUAAAGAGCGAGAACAAGCAGCGAACUCGUCCGUCAGAAGCAGCGCGUCCAUCCGACGCUAAACACACUGAUCUGAGGACUCGGUUCAAAAUCUCGAAGCAUUCAGCAUGUCUGUUUUCUAACUGGAACCUGAAGUUUGAUGGGCUUUUUUUUCAAUAAAUGUAGUUUCUCAAUGUUUGUAUGAACGUAUGUGUAAUCCGUCAUUGUUCUCUUGGUUUUCUUUUUGAUGUACUGCAGCGGAUUCUCUCUAACUUGUUGUAUUGACAAGACGUGAAAGUGCAUCAUAAUAUACUCGCUCUUGUGUUAGUCUACACCUGUAUGUUAUUUUUUUUAUAUAUAAAUGUAUACAACUUUGUACUUGCAUAGGGAAAGUGUGAAUGAAACACUUGGCGACACUGUAAACAAAACAUGAGCACAUGUGGCAACUGACUGAAACUUUAACUGAGCCACCUGAAAAAUGCAGAGACAAACUUUUGAGUUUUUCUCUUCAGUGAAUGAGCACAUCGCUCUAGACUGAAUGCUUUGAUUUUCCAGCAAACGUGAAGUGUCCACAGCAUGAGAGAAUGUUGAGUGGAUGUUUAUGCAGGUUAGGGUUGGGAAUCGAAAAUCAAUUCCAAUUUGGAAUCGGAAUCGAAAGGCUAGGAAUCGGAUCGGAAUCGAAAGGAAUAGGAAUCGGAUA